AAAAGCGUGAGGUCACUCGUAGGAGACACACGUGUCAGGAUGAACUAAUUAGGCUUGCUGUGAAUCUGAACACGACCACAGGUGAUUGUAUCUGUUUGUUUGCGUAAGAGUGUCGUUAAGUGUCACUUCACGUUCAUUUGAGUAAAGAAAGAAGUUUGGUUGUAGAAAGUACAAAAUUGAGGAUGUAGUUUCAUGAGUGUAUUUCAGACACAAGAGGCCUAGUUCUUCCAAAAUCUUUGUUGAAAAAUCAUAGUUCACCAGAUUGUCCCCCCCCCUCCCCUCCCCUCCCCCGGUUAGGAAAUUGAAGUUACGCACAGAGCGGAUGCAGGAGCGCACAGACACUUUGCGGUGAGCUGUCUGUCUCUCUGUCAGUGAGCCUGCGCGGCUCAAUGUGUGACAGCGGGAGGAGGAAGACAGACAGACGGUUACCGUGGCUGAAGGCAGGAUUGGAUGGCAUCGAGCUCCCGCUGAGAGCGAGCGGCACAACACCCAAGUGGCGAGUCGGGGGGUGGGUGGGGGGGCUGUACGUCAAACUUAAAGAAGUCAGGAUGGACGGCAAAGGCACCCUGAAGAUGUUCACGAGGAAGAAACGGGAACUGAUAAAGACACCAUCCAUCUCAAAGAAGAGCCGAGCAGGAAGCCCCGGGCCACAGAGCGCACCGUCUGCAGUGAGUAGCGCGCAUCACUUCUGGUUUCUGCCACUGCUUUUCAUUGUGCCUGUGAGAGUGUGUGAGUGUGUGUGUGUGGUGUCAGAUGAGCUGCAGCUGGAGGGGACAGGCUGCACAAAGAGCUUCGGACAAGGGACGAUUGUCUGCGUGUGUACGUGUGUGAGUUGGGAGACCACUAAAAACUGAUGUGACCUUUAGUUGAGUGUGGUUUUUAAAGCCUUGUGACCGACACUGCAGACUCUUCCUUGUGAGGUGUCACAGAUCUUCAUGCUCAGAUGUGUGACUGACUGCUUUCUGACUCAAUUCAGACUCACUUGAGGUGCAUCGUUUUGUGUCUCUAUUACUAAAGCAGUGGCAGGCUCCUGUGUGUGUGUGUCUGUGUGUCUGUGUCUGUGUGUGUGCGCGUGCUCUUUCAUGAUUAGUUUCAAAAGUUGCAUUAGUUAGAAUGGGAACGAAGCUGUAGGUUAAAGGAGCAUGCUGAAACGUGGAGCCAAAAGUAGCUACAACCCUUACUCUACGAGUCAGAGAGCUAAGAAAGGGGAGUCUAAAGGCAAGGACAGACUGGACAUACUGCCCAACAGGCACAGUGUGUGGCUGAAGCAGCUCUCCAUCCUCCAGGAGCAGCCAAGGAAAGAUGCAGGCGAAAACACCCUCGCUUCCUCACCCUGUUUUUCUUCUUCAUGUUCAUCCUCUGCUGGAGUCCAGGACCCUUCCCUGUCCUGCCCAGGCACCCCUAGCACCCAGCAUGGUAAACUGGUGACAGCGCAAGGUGUGGGCUGCCCAUCUCCUGUGGCCACCCUGAAGAGACCGACUGCGCUGAGCAGACACGCCAGCGCCGCAGGGUUCCCACUGCAGUCAUGGGUUUUCAACCGAGGCCAGGGGAAAGGGGCCACGACCCCUACUACUCCCUCUGAUAGUCCAGACAGCACGGCCAUUGAAGUGGAGGACAUCCCGGCCCUGCUGAGGGAUGUGGCGCGUUUUGCUGAGGCUGUGGAGAAGCUGAAAGAUGUUGUGUUGGCUGAAGGUAAGGAGAAUCAGCGGCCCAUGGCUCACGAGUGUUUGGGUGAGGUCCUGCGGGUGCUGCGUCAGGUCAUCAACACUUACCCUCUGCUCAACACUGUGGAGAUCCUCACUGCUGCUGGCAAGCUCAUAUCUAAGGUCAAAGGGUUCCACUACGAGGCUUGUAACGAGAUGGACAAAAUGGACUUUGAGAAGGCGAUUGAAACCAUCGCAGUUGCUUUUAGCAGCAAUGUGUCUGAACUCCUGAUGGGAGAGGUCGACAGCAGCACGUUGCUCUCCCUGCUGCCUACUGAGAAGAGCAGGUCGAUGGAGAACUUAUACACAGCCACAGGCCACGGAGCAGAUGGGGGAGCGUUCAGGAGCGACCUACAGGACAUGGGCAGGGUUGAGGAGGUGGAUGUGAUCCUCCAGCGCAGUGAGGGAGGCGUGGACUCCGCACUGCUCUAUGCCAAAACCAUUUCCAAGUACAUGAAAGACUUGAUGAGCUACGUGGAGAAAAGGACUUCACUGGAGACUGAGUUCUCCAAAGGCCUCCAGAGAUUAUACCAGUCCUGCAAACACAACAUAACACAUCCCCACAUGCCCCUCUUCUCCAUUUACUCUCUGGCUCUGGAGCAGGACCAGGAGCAGAGUGUGGGGCUGCAGCAGGCCAACAACACCCUGAACACCCAGACCUUUAUCCAUCCUCUAUUGCAGCGGAAACAGGAGCACGAAAAAAGGCGGAAGGAGAUCAAGGAACAGUGGAUUCGAGCCAAAAGAAAACUGAUGGAAUGUGAGGCGAACCUUCGGAAAGCCAAGCAAGUGUACAUGGUCCGCUGUGAGGAGUAUGACAAGGCCAAAACAGCAGCCUGCAGAGCUGAGGAGGAAGGAGGGGGGUCCACGGCAAAGUCUCUGGAGAAGAAGAAACGAGUAGAGGAAGAAGCUCGCAAUAAGGCGGACGAAGCGGAGGCCACCUACCGGACAUGUAUAGCAGAUGCAACCACUCAGCAGCUGGAGCUGGAGCACACAAAGGUCACAGUGCUGAGACUACUGCAGGACGUCAUCAAACAGAGUGACCAGACCCUGCGCUCGGCGACCAUCUCGUACUACCAGCUCAUGCACAUGCAGACUGUAGCCCUUCCUGUCCACUACCAGACUCUGUGUGAGAGCAGUAAGCUGUAUGAUCCAGGCCAGCAGUACGCCGCUCAUGUGCGAGACCUGCAGCUGCCCGAGCAGCCGCAGGUCCAAUACUUGUUUGAGAAUUACUCUUCCUCCAGCUCAUCACACCAUGGCCACAGACCAAGGAAUGACAGUUUUAACACAGAACCGUCGAGUCAAUCUGACAGCCCUGCCACCAGUGUGAACACAGCAGCUGGAGACCACAGAGACACUGAGGCUCACCGCAAGAGGCAGGGCCACAAGUCAUGGGGCUCAACAGUUAGCGAUGACAGUGUUGCAGGAGAGGGAGGACUAGAUUCCCCUUCAGCCAGCACAAGUGACAUCAGUAAAAUUGCUCGGACAUCAUCCACUGGAACAAUGUCGUCUAAUGAGGAUGUAGAUGAGAAAGACGGGACCUCGAACUCUUUUGAAACUCCAAGUAUGAAUGGCAUGGAUCCCGAUGUGGUUGUGUCCACCAGACCUUUCCGUAAUGUUGGCCUGUCUAAAGCAGCCCAGACCCACAGACUGAGAAAGCUACGGACUCCUGCCAAGUGUCGGGAGUGUGACAGCUACGUUUAUUUCCAGGGGGCAGAGUGUGAGGAGUGCAUCCUGGCUUGUCACAAACGCUGUUUGGAGACUCUGACCAUCCAGUGUGGCCAUAAGAAACUACAGGGCCGCCUGCUACUCUUUGGCAGGGAGUUCACUCAGGUGGCCAGCUGUGGCAGUGAUAGUGUCCCCUUCAUCAUCACCAAGUGUAUCACUGAAAUAGAGAGACGGGCGCUAAAAAUGAAGGGUAUCUACAGGGUGAACGGGGUGAAGACUCGUGUGGAGAAGUUGUGUCAGGCCUUUGAGAACGGAAAGGAGCUGGUCGAGCUGUCACAGUGUUCACCACAUGACAUCAGCAACGUGCUCAAGCUGUAUCUCAGACAGCUUCCGGAGCCCAUUAUGCUGUUCCGUCUGUACAACAGGCUUAUGGGUUUGGCCAAGGAGAGUCUGCAGGGUGAAGGAGACACAACGACAGCGGAGGAGACCGAGUCAAGCAGUAUUAUUCCAGGAGUGGGAAGAGCACCGGAGCUGGUGGAUCACGGCCCUGACAGUGAUCCAGAGGUCCUGGUCCUGGUGGACAAGCUGAAGGAGCUUCUGAAAGAGCUGCCCAAGGCGAACAUUUCUACCCUACGCUACAUUAUUCGCCACCUCCGGAGGAUUGCGGAGCUGGAGGAAGACAACAAGAUGAGUCCAAGUAACCUGGGUAUUGUGUUUGGUCCCUCUUUGAUGCGACCUCGUCCAACUGGGGCCACGAUAUCCCUCUCCUCUCUGGUCGAUUACCCCCACCAGGCUCGCAUUGUGGAGGCCAUGAUCGUCUUCUAUUCAUCCAUCUUUCAUUCCAAAACGUCUCAGUCCCACAAAACCCCCCGCUCUACUUCUUCCUCCAAUCAGCAGGACCAUACUCCAGAUGACAAGGCGGAGAGAUCUGCUGAUGUAGAGGAGAGUGGCAGCAUAGACGAGCAGAAUAAACCAGAUUUUGAAAAGAUGGAGGAGGGAUGUGGAAGUUCUUUAGGGUCAUUGGGGUCGAGUGAGCAGAUCCCAGAUUCUGACUCAGAGCUGGAAGAGAGCGGCCAGAGGACCAGACAGUGCAUGCUGUCAAAGCAAGAGAGCGAGAUCAGCAUAGAAGACGAUCAGAUGAGCUACAGGGACAGUUUGGACCUGUCCAGUCAGUCUGCAACCCUCACUGACCAGGAACAAGACACGGAAAAGGACCAUUACGACCCGGACAGCUCAGAGCCCCCAGCACUGCCAGACAGCGGACCACCAGACAGCGACACAGGGGCAGAGAAGGACCUGUGUGAGUCUCUGGCCGAGCUCAAUGUUAACCAGUCUAACAACAACUACCCAUACUCCUCCAUUCUAAGCCUUUCAGGUCUCCCACUGUCACGUCUGUGUGGAAAGAAGUUACCCCUGACCCGAAACAGGGACAACGAGCCUGAGUUUGUCUGAUAUCAUCUGUGAAAUUAUUGAGUAAGAAGGUCUGAUAACUUGAGUUUAGGGAAAGGAAUUAUUUUAUAUAUAUUACAAUCCAGUGAUGGUGCCUAUAGAGCAACGUUUGUAUAUUCGCAGCUGUAUUGUUCUCUCCCACCAGUGAAACAUCUUAAUGCUUACUGCUGUUUGAUGCCUCUAUCGUUUGAUUAUAUAUGAACAUGUUUGACUCCAAUGACGAUAAAGUUAUUGUGCCAGUUUUUAUUUUUAA